UUCACUCGUUUCUCUGGAGUUGUUUUUAAAAAUUUGAAAAGCAGCUAUUAAACUUUUAGUUCCUAAAGCCAUCGAUUCACAUUUCUUCGACGCAUUUCCUGCCGUUGUUGGACGGCGCGGAACAAAGUCUCCGGCGACUCCUCCGACGUGCUCUCAAAUCCGCUCCUAUCUCCUCUUUCUUCGUCUUUCCGACAAAAACAAAAACUCCACUGAUCAUAGAUAAUCUCUAUAUAUCCCUCGCUCUAUCUCAAAAUUUCAAAAUUCAGAGGCAUAUCUGUUCUCCAAAAAAUGGAAGCGAUCAGAAAACAAGCCACCAGGCUUCGAGAACAAGUCGCUCGACAACAGCAGGCUGUCCUGAAGCAGUUUGGUGGAUAUGGAGCAUCAGAUAGUGUUGUGACUGAUGAAGCUGAACUGCAGCAGCAUCAGAAGCUUGAGAAGCUCUACAUUUCCACCCGUGCUGCCAAGCAUUUCCAAAGGGAUAUUGUUCGUGGUGUUGAAGGUUACAUUGUUGCAGGGUCCAAACAAGUUGAAAUAGGAACCAAGUUGUCUGAAGAUAGCAGGAAAUAUGGUGUUGAAAAUACAUGUACAAGUGGUAGUACAUUGUCAAAAGCUGCAUUGAAUUUUGCAAGAGCUCGUGCAGAAAUGGAGAAAGAGCGAGGCAAUCUAUUGAAAGCUUUUGGCACACAGGUUGCAGAACCUUUGCGAGCAAUGGUAAUGGGAGCUCCAUUAGAAGAUGCUCGACAUCUGGCUCAACGAUACGACAGAAUGCGACAAGAGGCUGAAGCUCAGGCUGUUGAAGUUUCCAGGCGACAAGCAAAAGUCAGAGAAGGAACAGGUAAUCCUGACAUGCUUCUGAAACUUGAAGCUGCUGAAUCAAAGUUGCAAGAUCUGAAGUCAAAUACAGCUACAUUGGGAAAGGAAGCUGCUGCAGCUAUGGCUGCUGUUGAAGCUCAACAACAAAGACUGACGCUCCAGCGUCUGAUCUCCAUGGUUGAAUCUGAACGUGCUUACCACCAGAGAGUUCUUCAAAUACUGGAUCAGUUAGAAAGUGAGAUGAUAUCAGAGCGCCAACGGAUUGAAGCAGCUCCUACUCCACAUGUAGACAAUGUACCACCACCUCCUUCCUAUGAAGAAGCAAAUGACGUGUCUACCUCCCCAGCGCAAAAUGGGUCAAGUAAUGGCACAGGUUACUUUCUUGGGGAAGUCAUGUACUCCUAUCAUGCUGAAUCUGACGUGGAGCUUAACUUGUCAAUUGGAGAAUAUGUUGUUGUUCGAAAGGUUUCAAAUAAUGGUUGGGCUGAAGGAGAAUGCAAAGGGAAGGCAGGUUGGUUUCCUUUCGGUUAUAUUGAAAGAAGGGAACGAGUUCUUGCUAGCAAAGUGGCUGAAGUUUUCUGAAGUAUCUGCGUGCUUUUGAUUUCAUCGAGCCCUUAUGUGUAGUGCUAUUCUAGAAUCCAUCCUCGUGUCUAUUGAUUGAUGUUGGUGCGUGUUUGCCUGCCCUUUAUACAUUUUACCCGUAUACAAAGCAGGCAGCCACUUGGGAGAAACGCUUGCCUGCCCUUUAUACAUUUUACCCAUAUAUAAAGCAAUCCCCAUGUCUAUUGAUUGA